UCUCCCUCAAGCUUUCUGGGCAGCUCUGAGCACUCUGCAGCAGGCUUUGGGGACAAGACAAAAGCAGAAAAGAAAAAUCAUCCCCAGGGCUGGGUCCCGCCAUUCCUCUGCAGCAUGCAUCCCAUCGGGCCCCAGAGCUGCAUCCCAGAAAUGCCCACUUACGGAAAACGGCUUGCACCUCAGAGCCUGGACCAGCCGCAGUCUUCACCCCUGCCGGGGACAUGGAGCUUGUGAUCCAGGCUGCUGAGGAAGAGAAAGGACCUGCUCCAGGCUUUCAUUUCCUGGCUGAAGUUUCUCUUGUGGGGGUUAGCGUCUGCAUCCCAGGGCGAUGAGGUUGGAGGCCCAGCCGCUGGGGGAGUGGUAGUGUUCAGAUAGGCGUCUGUGCCUCUGUGCUGGCCACCUGAGGACACGCUUCCGCUCUCCGACUGCCAUGGACAACGGGUCAUGCUGUCUCAUCGAGGGGGACCCCAUCUCCCAGGUGAUGCCGCCGCUACUCAUCCUGGCCUUCGUGCUUGGUGCCCUGGGCAACGGGAUAGCGCUGUGUGGUUUCUGCAUUCACGUGAAGGCCUGGAAGCCAAGUACUAUUUACCUUUUCAACUUGGCCGUGGCUGAUUUUCUCCUCAUGAUCAGCCUGCCCUUACGGACCGACUAUUACCUCAGACACAGACACUGGAUUUUUGGGGAUAUUCCCUGUCGCCUGGUCCUCUUCAUGCUGGCCAUGAAUAGGGCCGGGAGCAUUGUCUUCCUCACGGUGGUGGCUGCGGACAGGUAUUUCAAAGUGGUCCACCCCCACCAUACGAUGAACGCCAUAUCCAGUCGGACAGCGGCUGCCGCCGCCUGUGUGCUCUGGACCUUGGUCAUCCUGGGGACUGUGUAUCUUCUCAUGGAGAGUCACCUGUGUGCGCACGAGGCGGGGUCGUCUUGUGAGAGUUUCAUCAUGGAGUCCGCCAACGGAUGGCAUGACAUCAUGUUCCAGCUGGAGUUCUUCCUGCCGCUAGCCGUCAUCUUGUUCUGCUCCUUCCAAGUCGUCUGGAGCCUGAGGCAGAGGCAGCAGCUGGCCGGACAGGCUCGAAUCAAGAGGGCCACCCGGUUCAUCAUGGUGGUGGCUGCCGUGUUCAUCACGUGUUACCUGCCCAGCGUGCUGGCCAGGCUCUACUUCCUCUGGACGGUGCCCUCCAGCGCCUGUGACCCCUCUGUCCACACAGCCCUCCACGUCACCCUCAGUUUCACCUACCUGAACAGCAUGCUGGAUCCUCUCGUCUAUUAUUUCUCAAGCCCCUCAUACUCCAGAUUCUAUACCAAGCUCCAAAUCUGCGGUCUGGGACCCAAACGCCCAGGGCGCUCGAAGACACAGAGGCCAGAAGAGAUGCCAAUUUCUACCCUCUGUCGUAAGUGUUCCAUGGAUGGGGCAAACAGUUCCCCAAAGGGCCAUCAGACAGACAGUGGGACCUCCAAGUGUGUUCAACGGCACUAAGACAAACAGCCCAAGAGCAAGGCAGAAGGAUGGGCAACUGUGAGUUAAAUGGUUGGGGGUGGGGAACUUCAACAAUGUCACCACCCUGUCUCAGCUGUG